CUGGCAGGAUGAAUUGCAGUAGAGAUGGUGUGAUCUCUGCGUCCAGCUCAUGGUCGUGUUUAUCACAGAAACAGCUGUCUGAUAUUCUCAUCACAACACAAAACAACAGACCCGCUGAUGACGUCAGAUCUGAAGAUCACAGGUGUGAAGCAGUGUGUUUGGAGCGAGCUGAGGAGGACUCACCGUGUGUCAUCACGCUCCUGUGUGCGCCCAACUCUGCAACUGUGAUCAGCAGUCUUCAGAUGGUCAGUGAAGCUCGUACUGUUGAAGUGUACUCGCUGUCUGGAGAAUACUGGGGCACCUGCCGCGGGGACCAAGUUCAAGGAUCAGACAGUGAUGGGUCUGAGGAUAAGAGAUCUUUGUACAAGAACUGUGUGGUGUUGGAAAGUCCUGCUGCAUCCUGUGAGGUGAAGCUGCUGUCUCUGGGUGGAUGCUCCUCUGUGGCUAUCGCUCGGCUGGCUGUGGGACUGGAGACGCUCAAGGACAGAAAGGGAGGUGCGAGCGUGGACCCAUGCAUUGAUCUGCAGCGUGUGCAGGCUAUGAUGGAGGAGAUGGGCACCACCCUCUCACCAAGAGCUCAGAACCUCAUGGAGUUGGUGCAGUGCCAGCAGAAGAAUAAAUCAGACAUGCCGAGUGGAUUCAUUCCUCUGCUCAUGGGAGGAGGAGCUUUGAGCGGUCUAUCAACAGGAGGCGGGGCUUCCACCUCUGCAAGGGUGGAAUCAGGUCUGCAUCCACUGUCCGUCUCUGAGCAGAAUCUGUCCAGCAGUAACCAGAAGCAGAUCCCAGGUGUCAUGUCGUCUCUGCAGAGUUCUAACACGUGUCCGGUCAGCCCAGACCUGCUGCCCAUGCUGCUGAGCGUAUGCGGUCAGGUCACACAGCUCCGUCUGGAGGAGGCCACGUCUCCAGAGAGGAAGAGGAAUGGAGAGCGGGAGGGUCAUAUGUGCUGCGGUGGCUUUGAGCAGGUGUUGGAGAAGAUUGUAGAGAAGAGGAUGGAGGAGAUGGAGAGGAGACUAAAGGAACAUAUGGAUGUGCGUCUGGAUGCUCUUCAACAGAGACUGGAGAUUACAUUUCAACAGGCACUGUCUCACACACCGCAACAUCCGCACUAAUACACAACCUGAGCACUUUUACACAGAGGAGCUUCUGACAAUCAUAUUAGUCAAUAAAGGGACAUUUAACCAGAAUUCAUGUUAACUAUCCCUUUAUAACAGAAGUGGUUCUAACGGUUCUGUUUUGGCAACAUUUUGAAAUCGUUUUUUUGUCACUGAUUUUCAUUAAUCCGUCCCAAGAGACUUAUUUGGUUUGUGAAGUAAUCAGCAUCUGUUGAGUGGUUUCACUAACUGCAGUCCACAAACUGUGUCAGGAGAUCUUAAGAACAGUGUUUUACUGUUGAUACACUUGUAAUAUUUUAUCCAGAAGACAUAACACAUGCUGCUACAAGUGCUAUUAUUCUAUUAUUCUGACUGUUAUAAAUGACUUAUUCUCACAGUUUGUUACACAUGUGAGUUGAUGUAACAGAAUGGUUGUACUCACUGACUGUGUUUGUGAAUAGAGGCCUUUAGCACAAUAAGCAGUGUAAGUAUUACCCGAAUGCUCACUGUGAAUUGCCUCUGUGAAAAUAUGUUUACGCUGAUCAUACUGGAGAACUAAAGACACAAAAAUGUAUAUAUAUAUAUUAAAUGCUAUUUAUACUAAGACUAAUAUUCUUUGUUUUUGUUAUGUAAUUGGUGGCAUACUGUUGAUUACCACAUUUUUGUCUUGAAACACAAAUUGUGUUUACAGUAAUGCACUUACAAGGGAAGUCUAUGGGGCAAGGCACUGCACCAGGAUAAACGUUAAAAUAACAUUGUUCUAGAGUAUAAUAAAUACUUGCAUGUUUACUGGUGUGGUAAAAUUGCCUACUAACCUUUCCUGUGUAAAUUUAUACCUAAUAUUUCAACUUCUGUCAUGACCACAAAAAGCUAAACAACAUGUGCAAGGAUGCAAAACAGAGCAAAGUUCAUCCACAAGAAUUACAUCAGGAACUCAUAACCAGAAAUUCACCUGCCUAGAAAAGUAGUUCCAUGGCUGAAAGGACAAUUUAGACAACAUUUUUGUUUGAAAGAAUUAAAAUAAAUGCUUUAACAAAAUAACAACCUUCAUAUUUCUGCUUUGAACCCUUAGGUACUAGAGUACCUUAUGACCUUCAAUUGUAAGUGCAUUACCCUAAACCAGAUACUUGUUUUUGCUUUAACUUGUAUUGAACCUGUAUUAUUCCUUCAGACACUUGUGAAGAAGUCUAGACCAGGACCACCAAAAUAUGAUGAUCCCCUUGCGAAGACAGCAUGUUGUUGGCAAAAUUAAAUAACUGACUAUAAUAUUGUUAUUGUACUAAAGUUGACAAUGUAUUUUUUUCUACCUUUCCACUAGAUGUACAGUAUAAACUAGAAGAGAAACUUUUUCAGUUCAAUUCAAAAUGUAUUUGUACUGUAUUGCAAUGCAAAUAAUUAGUAUUACAAGUAAAUAUUGUUCCGGAUAGCAGUCUUACAGAAAAUAUUGCUUUACAACCUCCAGUGAUCAUGCUAAUGGUAACAGUGGUGAGGAAAAACUCCCUAGAAAGAUUUCAGCACAAGUUUCUUGAAAGGAUGUAUGUUUUAGGAGAAACUGUAUGCAGAAUGUUUUUAUUUCUUUCUGUUUGAAAUGUGUCUGUCAGUAGAAUAAAACCCUAACCCACACAUUAACUUCUGGUAUUCUUGGCCGUCACCCAUCAACUGCCAAGGAAUGUUGCCUUGUUCGAGGAAAACUCAGCAACAGCAGAGAAAACGCAGCUUAACAAACACACUCCACACUGAAGAAAAAUCAGCAUAAAGAGUUUUUGGUACUCAAUUACUACAGCUAAAAAAAGUGAGUUUUAUAAGUCCUUAAGAGCACAUUUGUACCGUGACCUUUCGGAUCAGUUGACCCACGUUAAACAUAACCCUCAUGUUUCAGUCCUUAUCUAAAACCUAAACUCUAAUUCUACCUUGAUUCCUACACCCUAAAUUCACAAACCAUAAGCACUACAUCAUAAACCCUAAUUCGCGAACUUUAAACCAUAAAACCUAACAUAUAUUCCGAAACCCUUAACCCUUACUCUCUACCCAUAAAACCUAAACCCUAACCAUCUGUAAAUCCCAAACCCUAAUACCUACCCUCUAAACCCAAACAGUAACCAAUAAAUUUAGACCCCAAAUCCUGAUUCCUUAUCCCUAAACUCUAAAUUCUAACCAUAACCCAUUAAUCUAAUUCCUAAUAUCUAAACUCUCUAACCAAAAAACCUUAAUCUAAACCAACUGUAAAUCCUAACCCUAAUUCCUGCACUCUAAACCAUAUCCCAUGAAUUUAUACCCUAUAUCCCAAAUCCUGAUUCCUUUAUCCCAAACCCUAAUUCCUUUGCCUAAACUCUAAAUCCUAACCCUAAUUCCUACACUCUAAACCCUAACCCAUAAAUUUAGACCAUAAACACCAAACCCUAAUUUCUAAUCUCAAGAUUCCGACCCUAAUUCCUUCACGUUAACCCUUUGCCCCUUGCCUUGCCUUGUGAGUCUGUCGAGACUGCCUGUUUUCUGUCUGCACCGCAGUGAUGUUCAAACAGUGAGCUGUUGUUUUGUUAUGACUGAGAAAUGUUCUCUUCAGAAAUAGGUCAUCUGUGGAGGUGGUACCACUGAGGAACAGCAGCUGGUUUUGUGCACACACCAACACCAGUAUCCCAGAGGACAAGUGUCAAACCGGCCCGAAUGAAACAACAAAGACAUGCUGUGUUCCCACUUCAUGCAAACCACACAGAUGACCAUGCCAUGGAAACAAGACCACAGUCUUAAGAGUGAAAUGUGUAGUUCUAUGGAUGUUUAAACACUUUCUCCUAUCACAGUUUAAUAUGCAGAGUUAACUGUAACCCUUUUGAAGGUUGAUUUUGACAAAAAGUGUAAACACUAUGACUCUGUGGCGCUAUUGAAACAUUGGUCUGUUCAUUUGAAUGACCUGUCAUCGCAACAUUGGCUUGACGUCCGUUGCACAUUCAUGAGUAUUACGAGAGAAGCUCGUUCACAGUGGCACACCUGACCUUAUUGAUGUUGUUUAGCGCCAGUCAAAGCGCAAGUUCUCGUGAGAAUACACAUGCAACUGUGAACGAGGUCUGCCUUUGGAAGACUUGAAAUAUGACACAAGUCGUAUGGACUACUUUUAUAAAACUUUUGAGUUCUGUUAAAUGCUUUUACAGUGAGGCACUAUUGACUGCCACUGAAUUGAAAAGUUCAAAAGCUUUGAAACAACGGGUGAGUAAAUUAUGACAUUGUUCAUUUUUGGGUGAACUAUUCCAUUAAACAUGCAUUUGCAAUGUCAGAUAUGUGAAUGACUGGGAUGAGCUAACAAACUGUGUUGUCCUCUGGAAAACACAAGACAUCACAGUGUUUUUUGCACCAGUCCAAACAGUCAAAUAGUAGGACAUGAUAUAGACACUAUUUACUGUAAAUUAGAAGAGAAUCUGUGAUGUUUAUACAAAAAGGGCUUGAAGCUUUUUUUUUUUUUUUUUUUUUUGUUUCAGCAAAGGUGAAGUCCUUAACCUGUAGAAAAUUCAGGAGGUCAAACUAAAUGUAACUUUUAAAAAAAUUAACACAAUUAAUCAUGUCCCUGGACCGUAAUGAGGAGUGUAAGCCUUCAUGUUCUUCUGAGUCUCAGUCAGCAGGGGGCAAACAGCACAACUCUGACUAACAGCAGCCACACAAGAUGAGGACACGUUCUUGUGUUCAAACACAACUGGACUGAGCAAAACGCUCGGAUCUCAGAUAAAUUCAAUGGCAAAAUGAAUUGCUGUGCACUGCAGGACAAUGAUAGACUUUAUGUUCAAUAAUAUGGAAAUAAACAAUAUAUUGACUGUAUUCUAAAGUCACUUUUUGUAUUAUCAAUGCUUUACUCAUCUGCAACAAUAAUGUAAUGCAUUUUAAUGAUCUGAAUUAUUAUAUAUUCUAUUUAUAAUUAUUGAAUCAUUACAAAUUGAAUUAAGCAUAUUUUUAUUUGGGGACCUUUUCUCUACAAAUGUUGAUACAUGCAAUUUACUGUGAAUAAUCUGAUUAAUCAUCUAAUUAAUCUUCUUUAAAAUAAAUAUCGAUUAACAGCCAUAAUUAGUAUAGUAAUUAUAUUAAUAUAACAUAAUAUUGUACUACUAAAUAUUAAUUUUGCAUGAGGUUUGUGAUUUUUACGUCCCUGUUACUAGCGUUUCGGUUUGAAUAGUUUGAAACCUAAAUGUAAUUUUGUUCCUUUCUAUCAAUAGAAGAAAUAAUGUCAGAAUGUGUAACAGGGUUAUUUAACCUUAUUUAUCUCGCAGUAGCUGGUUUGGCACCAAAUGUUAGUUUAGUUAUUGAUAACCUUAUAAUUCCCAUAACAUUCAGAAAAAUGUGGAAUUGUUUUUCUUAUACAAAAACUUUGGGAACAGGGAUGAAUGGUUGAGCUAGACAAAUGCAGUCAACACUCCUAAAUGAAAUGAGAUUUUUUUUUACUUCCUGUACAUUAUACAAUAAUUACAUGGUGUAAUUAAACUAAAAAAAAAAAGAAAAAAAUUCAUAACCUGUUGGUGGAAAGUGCCAUACACGUUUUGAGUAUUAUGUAACAGUCACCAUGAACAUAUUUGUUUGUAAUAAUCAUGACAGUAAAAUUCACUGAGAAAGAGAACAAAAACCUUUCAUAGUGACUGAGACACAGACAGAAUUUGGUCAUUUAUGUUUUUAUUUCAUCUGUGCCCUUGUGUCGACCCCAGAUCCACUGAGCGUCCUCCAAGAUCAACAAUGAAGUCAAACCUGACCGGUUAUGUCUGAGUUCCUCUGACUGAAGUUGUUCUGUUAGGCAGACGGGGAAAAACAUUCCAAACUACUGAACUCGCAUGCAAUGAAUGAGUGUUUAUGUAACAUUGUGUAAUUUGUGUGCCUUAUAUCCACUCUGGGAAAACUGAGCACAUUUAAGCAUUUGAAUUGUAUUGUAUUGUUUUUCUCCCUGUAGGCCUGCAGUAAACAACUAAGUCUGAGUAAAGGGCAUAUUUAAUGUGACAGAAACAUCAUGUCUCCAGCCUUAUGAGGGCCCAGAGCAAUGGGGUUGGGAGAUACCUUCACAGCACAGCAUAGAGAAAUUAUUUUAAGCAGGGUUUGAGGUCAUCUGAGAUUGACAGGACACAAAUUCCCCGCAGCACUGAGCUUUGGUGUAAUUUUGCAUAAUAUCUCUUAAAGAGAAAUUAUUCUCAAAUUGAGUGACAGUUUUAUGUGGCUCUCGCUGCUCAUAUUUGUAUGUACUGCAUUUGUUGAAGAACACACUUCUCGGCCAGUAAAAAAAAUAAGUUUUGUAUGUAUGAAUACAAGUAGUCUGAAUAGAUUCCGGACAUAUUUCCAUCCAGGGUUGCGGGCAUUGUCCCGUGACCAUCCCGUAAAUAUAUAACGUAAUAACAACAGCCAUGGAUAUAAUCU